UGGUACAAUUGCCCCACGUAAGGGAUUCGACGCGCCAAGGCGAGAGGCGCGCUUUGAGUUAAAACAUUUGUGUUUUUGUUUUGUGUAGCAGUUAAUAUGUUUAUUUAUGUUUCGGAAGGUACCGAGAGACCAAUCGAAUGUUUGCUCGAGUAGAUUCGAGUACUAUUCGAGUCGAUGCUCAUUAAGAUUCGAGAAAGAGACGCGUUUAAAGGGAUCACGAGGGAUCACCUCGCCGGUCCGCGUUAUAGGUUAGGAUCGACCGUUCGGUGUACGAGAAGUUUUAUGACCCUGGACUAGAGAAAAUUUAAGUAUAAUUUAACACGAACGAGUCGGAAAAACCGAUGAUGAGAUGUGUACAAAUAGGCAAAAAGCUGCGUUUAAACGCGAGAGGUGUGGAAAACAUGACGACGAAUGUCAAUGUGAAUAAUGACAGCUCUUCCCGAGAUCGCCAAGAACAGCCGGCCACCAGCUGUAGCACGCCAGUCGCGAGAAAGUCGAUUGUGGAAGUUGAUGAUUCUCCGGAUAUCGCUUACUCUCCAAGUCCAAUCUUGCCACCGUGCACGCAGGAAGGCGGUAACGAGGUCGCGUGGGAUUGGCAUUGUUCUCUGAGCAGGUCUCCUGAGAGCAGGAGUAGGAAACAGAGGGCAGAGUGCGAGACGCCUAAGGGAACCAAGUUGCCAAGGAAGAGGAUUUCGAACUCGCCUUUGUUACGUAAGCCACGUAAGAGAAAGACCAUGAAAAUAGAAAAUAUGCAGAGCAUCGCGCAAUUCUCAGCCGACCUGCAGGCGUUGGACGAGAGGAUGAUGAGGGUCAUAGAAGAAAACGACAAGAAUCAUUUGAGCAAUCUUGCAAAAGAGGAAGAAGCGCCGACGUUAAUGAAUACAAUUGGCGAGAUAAGGACGUCGGAAAUUAAAGACGACAAGGAGAAUAACGUACUUGGAGAAGGCAGUAACAGAUGCAAUAGCAUUGGAGAAACGAGUGGUAGCAAUAUAAUCAAAAAAGAAUCGAGUGGAAAUUAUGACGAUCUAUUUGACGAUUCCGUGGACGAGGAUAUGAUCAGGUGCACUCAAGAGAUAGAGGAGAAAUUCAGUUUGAUAGACAAGGGAAACUCCACACAAGUCAAAGCAGAGGAAGAAUGCACAAAAGACAUAACUAAGACGUCUGUACAGUCUAGUUCCAGUGAGGAUUAUAAAAAACCAUUGGUCAGAAAUGUUUUAGGCGCAGGUGACAAUACUAUGUUUAAGACUUACUCGAGAUUGUCAAUAAAAUAUAAUACGAACUCUAGUAUAAAUGUCGUGACGCAGGAAGGUAAAAGUGCAUACAAACCGUGUCCAAAUAAUAAUAACAUAAUACAUUCCCCCCACAUUGUCAAGAAGCCAUGCGACAAUAAGAAACUACUCAAAAGUAAUACCGUGGAAUUGUUUGAUUUGCCAGAAGAUUCCUUUGACGAUUGGUUCGCGGAUUGCGAUGAAAAAUUAUUCUCGCAGUCCAAUGGAACUCUGGCGCGCGAAAACGGCAAUACAAAAUUCCAAUCCAACUAUAAGUGCCUGACUAACGCGCCGUUGAAAUCGGAAACCAAAUCCGCUGAUUUGUUUAAUCCCGAAGCGUCUAAUGCCACUUUUGCGAACAGAAAGUUCUUUAAGACUAAGAGUUUGUCGGAGCAAUUCGUUAAUCGGGGCGCAAAUACAAAUGCUAAAGAUAAUAGGAUAAACGCGGCGAGACCUAUGCACCUAAAUUCGUCCAAAGGCACGCAUGCCUCCGUAAGUACCAAACCGAUUGUUACAAAUGAUCGUAGGAUUGAGAAUAAUCCAGUUUCGUUAAUGCACAAUGCGAAUCGAACGCGUGGGUACGAUGUUAACAGGUGUGCGGUAAAAAGCGACGGUGAUCGUUUCGUUAAGCAUCAUUCGACUGGUAAUAUAAAAAACGACAGGCAGGAAACGACGAAAACUGGUUCGCAGCCGGCACGGUGUUCCGCGGAAGAGAUCGAGCGAAAGAGAUUACAGGCCUUAGCGAAACUCGAAGCGAAGAGGAAACUGGUAUCCAUGAAAAUCACAAAUAACAUUAAUAGAUGAAGUAGCAGGAUGUGCCUUAGGUUCGCUGUACUUGUUACGAGAAAGCGAUAACUUUUUUAUAAUGUUGUCAUGUAUAAUAUUAUAUCGACAAACUGUCUCUCUGUGAUCGCUGUUAUCAUUGUCUUCAUUGUAAUCAUUGUUAGAGAACGCUUUAAAGAAGUUGCGCAAAUAUAUUUAUAAUUAUACGUAUGUAUAGUAAUCUGUAUAAUCUGACUUUAUAAAAUAUAUUUUUAUCACGUAUACAGACUCGUGUAUAUACAUACAAUUUCAAAGAUGUAACUACGAUACGUUCCUGAAAAUUUUUUUUUCUUUUUUUUAAAUGAUUUUGCUUCGCGCAGUAGCCAAAUUUCAUUCUAUCAUUAUUAAAUUGCAGUAAGAAACUUGUAAUAAUCAAUAACUCAGAUGUAAAAAAAAAAUUUAUGUUACGACCUCAGCUCAUUUGAUACAAACGAAAAUAAAAAGUGGAAUUAAUUAUUUCAAGAUAUUUUACUUAUUUUCUGUUAUUCAUUAGAACAUUUAGAAUAAAAUUUAGAUUUUAGUUAUUUCCUGUUACUUUUUAGGAUAAAAUAUAAAUUUUUUUUUAUUCAAACUGGUUUCCUUUUCAGCUUGCUUAGUGUUACACGCGAUAACUGAUCGUUUUUUUAUAUUUGUAAUUCGAUAUUCGGAAUUACGUGUAGAGACGAAUUUUAUUUUAGAAUUUUACGAAAUUGGUAUAAUCUAUUUGCGGCGUCAUACGUAUUAUAGAUAUAAGAUCGAACGGGAAUUACGAUCGUGUGUAAUAAAAGUAAGUAUAUAAUCGAUCAUACACAAGUAUAUGUACAAAAACUAUUAUCGGAUACACGUGCCAUCUUGUCGAUACCAUCAGGCGUUCAGUUUAAACAUUUUAUUGUGAGACUCACCGAAUUGAAUUGAAUUUAUGAGAAUCUCUGUUGCAUAUUAGGUUUUUUCUGUUAUACCUUUAUACCUUUUUUUGUUUUUUUUCCCCGUUAUUUGCGCAAAAGAUACGUUUCCCAUUAUCGUUUAUCCCGUCAAACCUUUGUCCUUUUAUCCCUGCUUUCUAUAUUGCGGCAUUACAGUCUCCUGCUAAACUCCUGUCACUUUUAUUAAAAUUCAAGGUAUAUCUAGCACAUAAGAGAUCAUAAGAUACAAUACGUGCAACGUGUUUUACACAUGUAAAUUUAUUUUAAACACGAGAGAAAAUUAUGUACAUUUAUUUUAAAAAAUUUGUGGAAAUUUGGAGGGUUUCCUUGUAAUAUAAUCCUCCCCGAUCUCUACAACUCCGAUAUGUAAUAAUCUAGAAUGUACAAUAUAUAUUGUAAUAUACAUUGUAUUUUUCAAACAUAA